AUGUAUCGGAUCUCAAACAUAUACGUGCUUGCCGCAUUCGGCACCAUCGGCGGUGCGCUUUUCGGCUUCGAUGUUAGUUCGAUGAGUGCCUGGAUAGGCACAAAACAAUACCUCGACUUCUUUAACCACCCGGAUUCCAACCUACAAGGAGGUAUCACCGCGUCCAUGUCCGCCGGUUCCUUUGCCGGUGCUAUAGGAGCUGGUUUCCUCUCCGAUUUAGUCGGCCGUCGGAUGUCUCUGAUGAUUGCGAGUGUGAUCUGGAUUGUCGGGGCUGUCCUUCAGUGUAGCGCACAGAAUAUCGCGCAUUUGGUUGUCGGACGAGUCAUCAGCGGUCUUUCCGUUGGUGUCACAUCCUCGCAAGUUUGUGUGUAUCUUGCAGAAUUGGCCCCCGCUCGCAUCCGUGGUCGGAUCGUCGGUAUUCAGCAAUGGGCUAUUGAAUGGGGUAUCUUGAUCAUGUACCUGAUUUCCUACGGUUGUGGAAAGGGCAUCGAUGGCCCAUCCUCGUUCCGGGUGGCUUGGGGUAUCCAAGCCGUGCCCGGUCUGAUAUUACUUUUAGCCCUUCCAUUUUUCCCGGAGUCGCCUCGUUGGCUGGCCAGUAAGGAAAGAUGGGAAGAGAGUCUGGAUACGCUGGCAUUGCUACACGGCCGGGGUGAUCCCAAUGACCCAGUUGUGCAGGUUGAAUGGGAAGAAGUGCAGGAGGCCGUGCGUAUCGCCCAUGAGGCCAAGGAUGUCUCGUUUCUGGCCCUGUUCGGACCCAAGGUUUGGAUGCGCACCAUGUGCGGUGUCAGCGUACAGGUGUGGCAGCAGCUCCUGGGAGGCAACGUCGCGAUGUACUACGUCGUUUACAUCUUUAGUAUGGCCGGCAUGGACAACAACGCUACUUUGUAUUCGUCCGCGAUUCAGUACGUGAUCUUCCUCGUGACAACUGGUGUUGUACUCCCAUUCAUCGACCGUAUCGGCCGACGAUUCCUACUUCUCUCGGGUGCGGUGGUCUGUAUGGUACUUCAUUUUGCCAUUGCUGGAGUGAUGGCGAGCUAUGGAAACCCGGUCAACUCGAUCGAUGGCAACGAGAACCUGCGAUGGGAAAUCAAGGGGGCACCGGGCAAGGCCGUCAUUUCUCUGUCGUACAUCUUCGUCGGUGUCUACGGUCUCACCUGGGCUCCCGCCGCCUGGAUCUAUGCUUCUGAAGUUUUCCCUCUGAAGUACCGUGCCAAGGGUGUCGGGCUCUCUGCGGCGGGCAACUGGAUCUUCAACUUCGCGCUCGCGUACUUCGUGGCCCCAGCCUUCACCAACAUCAAGUGGAAGACGUACAUCAUCUUCGGCGUGUUCUGCACGGUGAUGACCUUCCACGUGUUCUUCAUGUACCCAGAGACGGCGCGUCGGUCACUUGAAGAAAUCGAUGUGAUGUUCGAGUCGAACGUGAAGGCAUGGCAAUCGAACAAGCUCCAGGAUAAGUUUGGGGAAGAGGUUGCGAAACGACAGCAGAGUGUCUCAGAAGAGAAGGCGGCUGAUGCAUCUCACCAGGAGGUGGCAUAG